GUUUAUUACCUAUUAGCCAAUUAUAGUUUCCGCUUUCUUUUUCUCUAGGCUUCAAUUGAUAAUAAUGCCGCCGACCGUUGCUAAAAAGCCAUUAUUUCCAGUAACCCCCGAACCAGUUACUGAUGUAAGCGUCUACUUUAAAUUAAGAUUAAAUCAUUGUUAUAAAAACGUCUGGCGUAUCACUUAGUCACUUAAUGGUCGUAAAUUAAGCUUUAGACUGAAUAAAUCAUGCAAAAGUUUCGUAUUUUUAAUUAUUAUAAUUAUAAGUGUUACUGAUACUGUACUAUAAAUUAUAUAACGUAAAAUUAUAGUAUAAUUUAUAGUGGCUAAUAAUCAUAAUAGUGAAAGUACUAUAAUUAUAACAAGAGACGUCAUCUAAAAUUUAAAGCGACUUAAGUAGUUUAUGACUGUUCACUGUAACUGUGACUGUACUGUUGUACUACUUACUGAACUGUAGACUGGCUGUUAUGUUGUAUUUUGGUGUAAGAAGAGUAGAAAGAACUAACUUAUUGUACUUUAACUUUCACUGACUUUAACUUUAAGAAGUAAAAAUUAACAAGACUAGAGAUGUCAGAUGAAGAGAAAGAAAGUUUUAGUCAUGUAGAUAAAUAAUAAUUCUUUUACUUUAGUCAGUUUAAAACAUAGUUUUAAUUUGAAGCCUGUUACUGUUACUACUUUUUGCUUAAUAUUUUUAAGGCAAGGACAACCCAGAUUUUUAAUGGACACAUGUUUGUUAAAUAAACUCACAAAGAAGCCUUAAAAAAGGACAUGUGAGGGGUAGGAUGAGAAAUGCCCUAAGUCUAAUCCAAAGCAUAUAAGUAUAAGAUAAUUUGUAAUACUUGAUUAUAUGAUGGGUAGAACUCAAUAGUUCCUUGCCUUCAUAAAAUUGCAAUGAACCAAGGCCUCAUGAGCCUAGGCCUAAGCAUAAUUCAAGAUAAACAUAGCUGCAUAAUUUUUAUAGAUAAUUUAUAAUAAAUUUAAUCAAAAGCCUACAAUAUAAGGUGCAUAACAAAUUGAGCCCCAGGAAACCUAAUUCAUACAGUCAAAGUACAGGCCUCAACUUGCUCUACCUGCUACCCAGUCACUUCAAAAAAGAAGUUCAAAAACUGUACGACUACAGUUUUAUGACCAUAAGGCUUGAGCACAAAUGCUUCUUAUUUUGCUUCAAAUGAUUUUUUACAUGUCCCAUUUUUUUAAAAUGGACAAUAAUUUUUUUUUUCUUUAAAUUUAUUUUCCAGCAAACUCCAGUCCAGGCUCAAACAAUUAUUGUUAUACAGCCCGGAUCUGUCAAUUUAAGAAUAGGUCGAGCAGCUGAUGCUUUUCCAAUCACAGUACCACAUUGCAUUGCAAGAAGAUGUCCUAAUCCAGCUAAUAGAUUGCCAGAUGAUUAUAUGCUUUUACGUCCAGAAUGUAAUGUAAGUGUAAGCCAGCAUAAAAUAUCUGAGCCAGAUCGAUUUUUGAAAAUCUUACAACAUAAAGGGAAAAAAUAAAAAUGAGAAAACGUCUUAAAUUAAAUAAUCACAUGUAAAUGUGAAUGAAAAAUUAAUUAUUUAUUAAUUGAUAAAAUCCUUUUUUAUUUAAAAAAAAAAGGAAAAUUUAACAUACAAAAAGUGAGAUUAAUGUUGCCUACCAAAAAACCAAUCUAGUAAUAUCGUUUUGUCCCCAGGUGGAUGCAAAGCAUAUAUUAAAACAUUGUAUUUUUCUCAGCAUCCCGAGGCAGGCCAACAAAUCAGAGCAGGUCUAACUUCUAUUGAAGAAUUAUUAUUAUCACGAUCAACCCGGGCAGGAGAGUACAGACAAAUGACUUUACCCAGGCAGGUAAGCUUUCAUAUUUUCCUACCAGUAUAUUAUCUAAGCAGGAAAGCUCUAGUAUAUUCGUAUAUUUCAGUGGUUUUCAAUUGGUGUGUUGUGACAUAAUGGUUUGUCACUGGAGCCAUGUGUGUAAUAUAAAGGAUAAAAUUGAUGAGAAAAUACAUUUAUUUUCAAAAUAUGUAGUCGUUUGAGGUAAGAUGUUACCUAUAAAUAUAAUCCAUUAAUUUGAUCCUGAUGCUCAUCGGCACUGUCAAAAAAUAUUUCACUUUAAUGGGAAAAAAUAUUAGUUUUAUUAUUUUACAUAAUCUAAUAAUAGAAGGUUUUAAAUAUAUUCAGUACACUUUGAAUAUCUAAAAUUAUUUUUUUUCUUCAAAAAUACCAAAGAGUAGCAUUAGUUAUCUAAUACUAAUAGUAAUAUGUGCAUAUAUUUUCUAGCAGAAUUUUAGAAACUGAGAAUUAACUCAAAAUUUACAAUUAACUCUUGAUUAAAAAAUUGUGGAACAAAACUAUUUUAAAAUGUGUUUCCUUUUCAGCUAAUGGCAUUUAAUUCACAAGUCCCACCUGAAAAAAUAGAAUCAACCGACACACCUUCAUGGACAGAUACAGAAAAAAAGCCACCAUAUUUCGUAGGCGAAGAGGUUGGUAUAAUUUUAUAAAAGUUUUGGUUUAACAGCUUUUUUUUUAAAAUAUGUUUGUAAGUUAUUUAUUUAAUUAAUUGAAAACUGUUAUUUAUAUAUUUUAAAACUUUCUAAUUAAAUUAUGAAUGAAAUAGCGAAACGAGGUAUGUGGAAGCUUGAAAUAAGAUAACAGGACAAAAAGCAAGGACGUUUCGACAUUUUAAUUGUCGGAAUGAAUUUAAUUUUUACAUUUAAUUUUCAGGCUUUGUAUAUACCUCAUAAAGAAAACUAUCGCCUCAGUUGGCCUAUGAGACGAGGCCGCCUUAAUGUACAUGAUGGACCUGGAGGCUCACUAACGUCCAUUUUAGCUGAUCUAGAAACAAUUUGGAGCCAUGUUUUACAGGAACACCUUGAAAUUCCAAUCAAGGACUUGAAGGUUUCUAUUUUAAUUGGAGAAUCUAUUAUUUGGCUUGUAAAUUGUAACUAAAUCUAACACUUAUUUAAAAUGUUUAAAGUUCUUUGAACUUGUCAUUAUUUAUAUGAUUAUUUGAGAGAAAUAAAAUUAUUUAGACCAUAUUUAUCUUAUUACCGGUACCAACAAGGAAAGUGACUCUCUUUUACUCUUGAAGUUGAAGCUAAAUUUAUCAUAUAUAUAAUUGUGUAUGUUAGUGUUAGUUUAAUGUUAUUAUUUUUAAAUAUCUAAGCAUUACAGAGCAGUCCUGUUGAUUCCAGACGUAUAUGUACAGAAGCAUGUCAAGGCAUUUGUUAAUCUUCUUUUGAAUACCCUGGGUUUUGGAGCAGCCAUAGUUCACCAGGUAAACUAUAUUCCUCCACUCUGUACGAGUUUUGGCCAUUCAAUCCAUAGAGCAAAACACACAUUCGUUAAAAGAAGGCAAAUCUUCCUCCACCCUCCAAGUUUUUUUAUUAUGAAUUUGUCAAAAACACAUUGAACAUUAACUUUUAAGAUGAUGAUAUAUUGUGUUAAUGAUUCAUGAUGCUGCUUAAGUUGCUGCCCUGAAGUGUCUUUUUGGUUUUGUUCAGGAGUCUGUCUGUGCCACCUAUGGAUCUGGUAUUACUGUAGCCUGUGUGGUGGAUGUUGGAGAUCAGAAGACAAGUGUCAGCUGUGUGGAAGAUGGGAUUUCUCACAGAGCCUGCAGGUUUGACACAGUCGUGUUGAAUGGAAGUGGACUGGAAGUCUGUCUCUGUUAUGUGUAUAGAUUUUGCAACUUCCUGUAUAUAUAUUUUCUGAAACUCUGCACAGUAUAUCUUCUGAAAGUUCCUGUGUCUCUGUAUAGAUUCUGAAACUGUUUUGCACUCUUUCUUACAACAACAAACAAUUAUUUAAUGACCAAUGGCCUGCAACAGACUAACAUUCAUCACUAUAAAGUGUUAUAGUACCAGUAUAGAAGACCUGUUUACCCUCAAACUCUUAAAAUCGUACAACAUCAUCACAAAAUCGUUCAAUGCAUUAUCUUAAUAGUAAAAAUAAACAUACCAUAUAUAUAAUGUAUACACCUCAAAAUUGUACAUUGUACGCCAAAAUCGUAAGAGUAAACAGGUCUGGUAUAGUCUUAAAUUACUAUCAUGAUGGCACUGGAAAACCUUGUUUGAAAAUCUUGGUUUUUGCAUUUGGCCAAAGUCAUUUCACGAACUCAAUAUUCUAUGUUAUAAAAAAAACAUAUUGACGUGGAUCAUAUUUGAAGCCGUAUCAUUAACAGUAUUGUUGAUCUCCUUUGGUACCAGUAUCAUUUAUUUAUCUCAAAUAGGGUUACGAUGGAGUAUGGGGGAAGUGAUGUCAGUCGACUGUUCCACUCUCUACUUGCACGCUGUGGAGUGGCACUCCCUGAACUCAAUAUGUCUCAUCCAGCAGAUGUCAUUCAAUUGCAGGCCCUGAAAGAAACAUGCUGUCAUUUGAAUCAGGUUUCUCAUUUUAUUUUUACAAAAAUUAUUCGCUCGCAAGUGAGAUUAUACUCACCUUGCAACUUAAAGAAUUUUAAUAGAUUUAGGUGCAAACGUUCAUCUUUAUAGCUGACCUUUCUGAACAGGAAAGCCUCGUUCUAGUAAUCUACUUAAACUUAGUAACUAUACAACAAACAGUUGUAAUAUACUUUGUACCUGUAUAAACAGCUUGUUAUACACUUAGUACCUGUACAAACAGUUCUUAGUUUAAGAGCUCACACACUAUUUUUAGUUCUGUUUAAUUAACAGGAGCAGUAUGGAGUCUCACAGCAGAGUCUUGAAAUUCAUCGUCCUGACAAGACUGUAAUAAAAUACUGUGUGAAGUUAGGUGAUGAACCAAUUCUCGGACCAAUGGCCUUGUUCAGGCCAAUGGCAUUUGGUCUACUGGGUGAUCAUUUAAUUCGUGUGCAGUCCAGGUCAGAGGCUGAUCCUGAUGAUCCACAUGAUGAGGAUUACCUACGUCAAACACAACGUCAAUCUUGGGUAGUAACAUUAAUUUUGGGGGUCAUUCUUGGGUAAUAUUGAUAAUGGAGGUCAAUUUUGGUUAAAAAUUUGAAUUUUGACAAUACCGGUACAAAUCCUAUAACCAUUAACAGAACUUUAAUCAAAUUUUUGAGUUUAAAUCAAAUGGCGAAAGUCAUUUGGGAAAAGGAAGGGGGGGGGGGAGUUGUAAACAAAUCCACGGACCCCCACCUUUUUAAAUAUAUGUAAAUGGCGAAAGUCAUUUGGGAAAAGGAAGGGGGGGGGGGGGGGUUGUAAACAAAUCCACGGACCCCCACCUUUUUAAAUAUAUGUAGGAGUCAUGUAUUGAUUUGUAAUAUUAAACUAUUCCAGAAAAUAAAUAUCCAAAUGUAAGUAAGUCUUUCGCAAUAGAGUACCAUUACUACAAUGUUUGAAGUACCAGUAAUAAAUUUGUAACAGUGUUUUCAAAAAAUAUAUUGCAAUCCACUUGUGUACGGUGUUAUGCAUUUCUGUUUGUGCACUAUCAAAUUAAUUCUCUUUUGUUUUGUGACUAUUUUGAGAUGCACUUAUAUUCUGAGUUAUGAAUAAUAAUUUUUUCAUGAUGUAAAUCUUAAGAAAAUUGCUUAUCCAGUUCCAGAAUUCAGUGCAUAACUUUACAUUUAAAUUUAAGUUAUUACUAUUUGAGAUUGUUUAUAUUCGAGGGCGCUUAACAUUAUUAUUUUUUUUUUACAAAUCUUAAAAGUUUAACUAAAAUUUCAAUUUAAACAACAAGACUUGUCUACUUAGUAUUUAAUUUAUAAUUUUAGGCUGGUCGCAUGGCUGGAUCAAAGAAAGACAACGCAGACAUGUCCCGUGACACAUCUGAACAGAAUCUCAGCCAGCUAGAUGAUCUGACCAAUGGUCCUCUUGAUGAUGACUCCAAUGAUGUCCCAGAUGUUAUGCCCACAACAGGUAGCCCUUUUUAUUUGGGCAUUCUCCUACCAUCUUUAUCAACACAAUAUUAUUAGGCUUUGUAUCACAGUCAACGUUCGCAUUACCAACAAUUUUUUUACAGAAAGCAAAUGCUCCCUGGUCCAGAUGUUAAACAUGCUUACAAAUAGAAAUUUUUUAUUGGCUUUUUAAUUUGUCUCUGUAUUCAACCUUAUCCAAACUUUUUUAUGUUAUUCCCUUUAAUAGCUGGGAGAGUUUGAAGGCUAUUAUAAUAAUUCAAUGACUGCAUUCAAGCUAAGUAAAUGAAAUAGCAAAACGAGGUAUGUGGAAGCUUGAAUUUAAGGAUCCAUUUUUUUAAUAUUUCUUGAGUUGUUUACUGUGCUCUGUUCCUUGUGAUAUUUUCAUUUUUCCUGUGCGCUGAGGAAGGCUCUAUGCCGAAACGUUCUAAUCUUAUUGUUCUGUCCUUAAAUUCAAGCUUCCACAUACCUCUAUUUGCUAUUUCAUUGAAGGUUAUUACAACGUGUAUUGUGAAUUUAUAGGACUUGGAUAUUAUUAUUAUAUUGGUCUUUUACAGCGUGGUACCCCAGACCAAUGUAAUAAUAAUAUCCAAGUGCUGAGCUCACUGCACAGCUCAUAAAAAUAUUAGCAAACAUAAUGAUUACAUUAAAAAAUUACGUCCAUUUAUUUAAUUUUUUUUAAAAAUAUAUAUAUAUAUAUUCCCGCCCACCCCAGAACUAUUUACUAUAUUGGCAUUAUACAUACAAUAAUACUUGACCAUUGAACACAGGUUAAAAAAACUGCAAUUUCAUGCAGACUCAAGAGUUUCAUUUCAUGGAUUUCUAAUGUUUUUAGUAGAGACUUAAGUUACAGUCAGUUACAGGUACCGGUACUUCAAAAAAUGUUCCUUGAGAGAUUUGUUAUCAGCUGUAGGCCAUCAAAAAGACCAAUAUGUUCAUAAAUUAAUUUUACAUUUCAAAUGAAUAAUUUCAAGGAUUUACUUGAUAUUUACUACUGGUUUCAAAACACAAAAAUAGGAUUUAUUAUAUAUUUAUUUAAAAGUUCUUAUUUGAAAAUACUUUUAGUUUUUGUGAAUGAGAGAACAUUUUGAAACUAAUUUUUAAAAAUUCUUUUCGACAUAAGUGAAACACAAUUCCUCACCAAUGGCAUUAAUUUUAAUUCUUGUUUUAUUCUUAUACUGGUACUUAUAAUGUUAUUGUUAGAUAAUUAUUUGCUUUUGCACAAUAUCUUUGAUAGACAGCAAGUCAAAUAGAAAAGGUGAUGAUGAUGAGGAUAUUGAAAUAGAUGAAGAAAAAGAUCUUCAUUUGAUGGGCGUCGAUGAAGCCAUUAUUCACAGCAUAGAAAAGUGUGGUAUGUUUCAAUUGGUUCACAUGAUUAAGUCAUUUAAAUUGUGCUAUUUGAAAGUACAAAUUAUGCUAUAAUAACUGACAGAUUGCUAUGAGCUAUAGUCAUUUUAACUAUUAUCCCACAGUUUUGUAUAGAAUCUGUACUAUGGAUAAAGCAUGCAAAAUAAUUGAAAUAGUGUGUGACAGUUGUAAAUAAAUUUAAAUAAGUGAUGAAAAGUUUAAUUCAGUUGCAAUUGAAUUUUUAAAAGAUUUUAACACUCAUAUUUUUUGUUACAUUAUUUGGUGUUAAAGUUAUCUGAGUCUGGUUAGGUUUUAGUAGUGUGGUAAUGCACUCAAUCUUCUAUUUUUGCAAUAAUUUCAGAUUCUGAUGAAUUGAAACGUAAACUUUACAGCUGUAUCCUUGUAGUGGGUGGAGGACUGCAGUUUGAUGGGGCAAUGACCUGGUUACAGCAUCAGGUUUGGCAAUCUUUGCCCAUUAGCAUGCGGCAGCAGCUGGAAACUAUGGAUAUUAUUACAAAACCAAAGGUGGAGUUCCGUUUUUUUCUUCUUGAUUGACUAAUUACGUAAGUCUGUAAAUAAUGAUUAUUUAUUUUUUUACAGUUCGAUAGUUCUAUUCAAUGAUAAUGGUACUUUAGUUGAUCGAAGUUAUUUCCAGAAGACAGUUUUGUCAGCUUAACCCUUUACAGCCCAAGUAUAUUCAACCUUUUCUAGUCCAAGCCACCAAGCAAAGGGACAUAACUUCAUUUUAAAUGAAGGUUCUUUAUCUAAUUAAUUUACAGAAAAUAAACUAGAAGCAAGAAAAUAAAAUAAAAAAUACCUAAAUACAAAUAAAUGAUUUAAGCAAAAGUUGCCAUUAAAAACAGUUUCAGGGACCCUCCCACUUUGAUUAUUGAAAAAUUCCCAUACCACUUAUAAAAAAAUCACUACUUUUAUAACUUUUACAAAAAUCAUAGAAAAUGAGCCCCUAAACACACCGUGUUCAAACGAAUAUCAAAAUAAAUGCAGACAACUAUGCUUUCUUCCCACAAACUACAAAUAGUAAUGCGCAAUGGAUUUCCGCUGUGCUAAGAACAAAAGUGAACAACCUCAAAACAGGCAGGUUUAGCCGCAACGUGAUGUAAAGGGUUAAAAUGCAGUCCAAUAAGGUCACUUAAAACUUUAAAUUUAAGAAAUUAAACAUUUUUUUAAAAAAACUAUUUCAGGAGAUGGACUCAAGUUUUACAAGUUGGAAAGGAGGGGCAAUCUUAGCAUGUCUAGAUUCAACACAAGAACUAUGGAUACGACAGAGAGAGUGGAAACAGUUUAGUGUAAGAAUGCUCAGAGAAAGAGCACCAUUUAUAUGGUAGCUUAAAUGAUGGACUGAUUGAGUAAAGAAAACUGGAAUUUUUAGACAAAUGUUGAGAAUUUUUAUUGUACAAAAGUAACAUAUAGGACAUCAUACUUUAGCAAGGCCAACUUAAUAUUUGAUUUUUUGGCACAUCAUAAAUAAACUGUUUCCUUUAGUAUCAGGUAUGUCAGAACUCACAAAAUAAUUAAACAGAUGAUACAUAUAACCUUAGAAUAGUUUUAAAGAAAUCAGUAAUUUUUCAUUUAUAUUAAAAAUAAACUUACAUUUUGCUUGUUUCAGAAAGGUAUUGGAACUUUUGAUCAUUUUUAAAUAGGCUUUUUUAAAAAGGCCUGAUAAUUUUGGGGAGGGGCGUAAUCAAGGCUAUUUUAUAAUAUCUUGAUGUGAAUGUUUUCAAUGUAUAAUUGCAAUAAACUUAUAUUUUGUAACCAAGACACUUCACUCUAUUUUUUAUCAAUGUUGGAUUGAAUUUCAACAGAAUCAUGAGAUUGCUGAUAUAUUGUUGACAUGUUCUUAAGUUUCGGACAAAA